AUGAUAUCUGCUCCAGACUGCUCAAUCCUUAUAUCCCCGUUAGUUCGGGUCGUAGUCAACCCCGGUCAAAUAGAGCCAUCGAAAGCGGACGAUAUCUGUGCACGUCUCGAUUACGUUCGCAACAACAGCGAAUUCAGCGAUAUCGCUGCCAGCGCAACGACGGUGAUUGAUGACACAUUGGGCGCAGACGAACUUCGAGAUCGAGACCUGGGGGGUGCGGAUUUGGACGCAUCAGAGGAGAAACUAGACGAUGUGCGACCUCAGUCAGAGCUUUCAAAAUGGUUCCUCUCCGUGAGGAAUUGUAUUGCGAAGGAGACCAGGAAACACGGACUACCGAAGUGUUACCAGCGGGGAGACUUUUUCUAUCGUCCUCGACAUCCUGUAUUUGCCCUCCAGCAUGCCGCAUCCCACGAAUUCAAGCCGUCAUCGUUGUAUGCAAAGGAUGUAUUCAUCUGGCUUCCCCAUCUGCUCCCCGGAUGUACCGAUAAUUUGCGAUGCAAGUGUGGUGUGUAUUUGAUACGAAAAGGUUUCAGUGAUAAUCCCAUCGCGCGCCGCGUUCGACACCUUCCGGAGGAUUAUUAUCUCUUGACCAGCCGUUAUCUCUGCGAUAAGGAUCGGCAGACCAAUCCUGGUUGCGGCAAGAAUUACCAGGGAACCGAUCCGCAUAUUGUCACCCAGCUUCCUCGUUUUGUUCAGGAAGCAUUUCCAGCCUAUCUGUCCGAUGGAGCGGGCAUCGACAAAACUCUGAUGCAGACUUUCAACUCGUGUGUCGUCAAGCGACUUGGACCAUCCCCCUUUUCGGAACUUGCUUCCGAAAUUCAGCAUAGGCAUCAUGCUCGCAAAGAGCUGAUGUAUUAUGCAGCCGCAGAACACUACCAGUACUAUGGUAAAGAACAGAUUCCCUCUUUCUCAUCAUUCUCUGAUCCACUCGGGUAUGCGGGACUGCCUCCAUCUGUAUCAUACCUACGAGACAUGUACACCAGCUACAUUACUGCUCACCGUAUCUUCAUGGAUCGGGCUCAGGCAGCUUUACCGCUAGGGAUUGCGAAAGCUGAUCACACUUUCGAUGUUCUGAAGUACAUGGGAGGUCUCAAGGGAGAACCAAUUUGGAAGGCGCUAUACAGUAUCGUCAAUCAAUGGGAGGAGGUCCGCGGACAUUGUUUCGCUCUGACAAAGUCGCUGUCAAAUGUUCGCGACAUGAUGCGUUUGAUUCAAGCUAGCCUUGAGAAGGUUGGACAUCCUCCAACCAGCAUUUUGUAUACCGAUUCACCCCAAAUGGAACAAUCCUUUCACGAACUCAUCACACCAUCACUAGCGGUUGAUGUUGUUCAUGUGAACCCCAUGUCUGAUUUUCGUCCUCUUGAGUUCACCCCUGGAGAGCUUCCAAAUGCAAUCUACUCGGAGGACGCAGCAUAUAUUGAUGACUUGAUUUCUGAUAUCAUGCCUCAAGCCCCGAGUCUGGACUCGGACAUCACAGCCUGUGGUGUUGUCACAAUCUCAAUAAAGAGUUCUCCGGGUCCUCCACCCCAAAUUGAGAUUGUGCAAAUUCGAAGCUCGACAAGAGCUCAUACAUUCAAGAUCUCCGCGUUCAAGUUGCGCCCAAACUUACUUCCUGCCCUUCGCUCUCUUCUGACGUCUGACUCAAUCAUCAAAGUCGGCUAUCAGAUCCAGCACAUCCUUUCUACCUUGCUUGCGAUGCUACUGGUGCCAACUCAAGCACCCCCAUCGCGCAUGAUUGAUCUCGGCGAGUUUGCGAGACUCACCGGUGUUGUCGAGGACCCAAACAGUCCGCUGGAUGUUCUCAUCGGCACAGCUUUGCGCAGGUCAUAUGAGCCCUUGGAGAUCACGGCAGAGAAAUGGGAAUCCCCCUGUUCUUCCAACGAUAUUGAGGCUCUCCACCUUGACAUAGAUGGUAUCUGGCAGCUUUGGAGUUUUAUCUCCUCCCGAGAACCUGUUGGCUUGCAGCUCGAGCCAGAUCAGUGCGUGCCAGGGACCGCAGUCAGUCUCGUUCAGGGCAAAAAACAUGUUGCCCGUGGCUUCAUUGCUGUAUCCUCUGACGCCCAUCUCAAUGUGCCGGCAGCCGAUGGAACAAAUAAUACUCUUCGCAUUGCUAUCACUGCCAGUCGGUGCUUGAUCCGGAUCACAGAAGUUCUGAUUCCUGGCGCCAUUCAUCGACUUCAUCGGUCAACGAUUGAAUUCAUUCAUCAGAACGGCGGGCUUGCUGUUGUCGCCCGGAGCCAGCUACGUUCGCGCACUGUAACUAUUCCCCUACCCGGCCAAACGACAUUCGGAUUUUCCCAGCCUGGACCACCGAGUUCUGCACUGGAAGGCGACCAUUCCAAUUUUGAGAUCUCAUAUGAGCCGGGCUCAGAAAUUCAGUUCGAUUUCUGGUCUCCAUCCCAAGAGGAUACUUUUAUGUUUGAAGAUGAGGACGACGAGAAUGAUGAAGAUGAAAAUGAGUUACCGGACGACGAUGGCAAUCCUGGCCAAUCCUCUGAGAAUCGAACCACAUUCUCAAGCCGUGUUCUCGAUGACGCCUUCCAUUUCAUGGACCGUUUGAUUCGACUGCUUUCCAAGAAGCAUUCCGCUUUCAAACACUUCUGCUGGGAUUUUAGUGCUGCCAUCUUCAUCCGCGACCGCGAGGAUCUUGCAAAAGUCCGUGCAGCGCUCGAGAAGCGAGGAAUAAACUGGGAAUAUGCUCUUCGUGCCAUGUCGGAUGCACUGAAUCGCCGUAUCCGACGGUUCAUCCCAGAUCGAGACACCCUGUACAAACGACUCUUGAUUCUAUUCCGGAGUUAUCAAGACAUCAUCUGCUCGACACAGAAAGCAGGUUCACAGACUGUUUUCUUCCCGCAGGUGGCAAAAGAAAUGGCUGACCGUCUUCUCGAAACCGCGCGCCUGGGAUUCCUGUCCGACCCGCCCAACAUUCCGCUCUACUAUAUCAUGGGAACCGAUCGCGAUGGGUUGACCGUCUAUCGCACUGUCCGCGGCACCAACUCCGUUGAGGGCGGUGUUCAUAUGGCUGUUCGACGUAUUUUUGGCUCCCUUCGAGCAUCGCCAGAGUUGGCAGAGUCCAUCUACUGCUAUUGGAUAUUCAGACGCAAUCAGUCGGUUGGACACCAUAACCGCACCGGUACCAAGUUCCGCUCGCAUUAUGAUCUGUGGGUCACAGACGAAACCGUUGAGAUUGCCUCGCAUCUCAAUGUCGACCCCUCAUUCAAGCCUCCUGCCAUCCUUUCCACUCGAAUCGCUACCUCGGAGACAUCUGGCAUUGUGCCUUUCGACAAAUCACUGGCUGCAGACCUGGGAAUUGUGACGCUGCCCAAUGUUCGUGUCGAAGGUGUCCCCGAAUACCAUGAUCUUCCCGUCCAUGCACUCAUGCGCCUAUUCACGCGCCGCACAAAUGUAUAUCUGCAUCUCCAAACCCGGCUGCAGACAUUGUAUCCUGUUACCCCCGUCAUAACUCAUGCAGAGUUCAUCUAUUUCAACGAGGAGAUCAAGAAUCCGAAGCACAAGAAGAAGACUCGCCAGCAGUAUCCUCCUCAUGAGGCCUAUAAAGCAAUUGAUUAUAACUCUGUCGCGUGGUCAUUCAACGGUGCUGUUGGAGCUCAAGAUCAGGCGAUCAUCGAACCAGAACGUCGGAUGUAUUACAAGCAUCCCAGCCAACUGGAGGCGCAUCACAAGAAGGUGAUACUCUGGAAGUUGGAGCGGACAACCCUCUUCAUGGGUGACAAUGCUCUGGCCCUGAAAGCGUUUAGCGACAUUCUCAAUUCAGACGCGAAUACGGUCUCGACCCUCACUGCUCUUCCACUCUCGAGCACCGUCGAUGAUACCGAAAAGACAGUUGAGCAGCUCGCUCUCGAGACAGAGCAUGCUAGUGCGCAAAACUCUGCUGCCGAUAAGUAUGCUUCGGGAUCAAGUGUGGUCACUGACGAGCAGUCCGCAUCCACCAAUCAGGACCCCUCUCAUCCAGACCCAAACGGCACAGACUCACAGGACGAUCCCAUGGAUGUCGAUGAGCCAACAGGUCCUGACCCAGCUACCAUCGCAUUUGAACAGCCUCCGCCCCCGCCAGCGCAGCCCCCGGCGCCCCCGCCCCCGCCGGCGCAGCCCGUACAUGUCGUCCAACAGCAAAUGUCGUUUAGAGAAGGUGCUUUCGAGCUGGUGACGGGGAACGUGGUUGCUGGUUCAAGCAGUGGCCGGUCGAGGAAGCGCUGCGCGCGAUGCAUAGCUCAAAUGUGCCCAAAACGUGCGAUCUGUGCCGGGGUUGCAAAUCGUCAGCGCUGCAGCUGUGCCCACCCGGAUGUACCGGGAAGCAAACGCGUCCGUGUGUCCGAAGAGGCGAUUCGGAAACACUUGCACGCAAACGGUAUUCGUGAUUAUUCCGUCGACUAG